UAUAAUGCUUCACCACAGCAGCAGAGAGAUAUAAUAAAGAGUAGGAGUCUGGACAGGAGGCUACAAGAACCAAUAGUUUUAACAAAAUGGAGGCACAGCACAAUUGUGUUGGACACCAACGAUAAGGAAUCAUCAACUGCUGCUAAGGCCAGUUUUCCUGAAAAUGAGUCCUCUCCUUCUUCACCAAAGCAUCAAGCCACAGGUCAAGAGAAGUAUGGGUUAUUGAAUGUGACAAAAAUUACAGAAAAUGGGAAGAAAGUUCGAAAGAAUUGGAUGUCAUCAUGGGCAGUGUUACAAGGUUCAUCACUGCUGUUCACUAAAACCCAAGGAAGUGGAACUGGCUGGUCAUUUUGCCAAGGGGGCUCAAUUCCUGAGCUCUUGCUCUCGCUGCUUUCUUCUUGGAAAAAUGCUCUCAGUCGUCGACCUGCUGUCACCUAUGUAAACUCUGACCAAGUUUCAGCUAUCACUAAGUUUGGUGUCAAUCAGUCUAAGCCAGAAUUUACAGUGGAUCUCAAAGGGGCAUUGAUUGACUGGGCCUCAAAGGAUAAAUCCAGCAAAAAGAAUGUUAUUGAGCUUAAAACCCGCCAAGGAACUGAGCUCUUAAUUCAAUCUGAUAAUGACAGCUUUAUUAAUGAAUGGUAUAAAGUUCUUAACUAUACCAUCAACAAUCAGGUAGUAGAGUCUGAUGAAGCAUUAGAAGAUGAAGUACCAGAUUCCCCUGGGGUGGAAAAACAAGACAAAGAAAAAGAGAAAGAGAAUAAAGACUCUAAGAAACUUCGUUCAGUGAAAGCACCUAGCAAUAUAGAUUCCACAGAUCAGAAAAAGACCAAAACGAAGCUCAAGAAGUUUCUUACACGGCGCCCCACGUUACAAGCUGUCCGUGAAAAAGGCUACAUUAAGGAUCAAGUGUUUGGUUCCAAUCUCACCAGCUUGUGUCAAAGAGAAAACAGCACGGUGCCAAAGUUCGUCAAGCUGUGCAUUGAGCAUGUUGAGGAACAUGGAUUAGAUGUUGAUGGCUUAUACCGAGUUAGUGGCAAUCUUGCAGUGAUACAGAAGUUAAGAUUUGCAGUCAAUCACGAUGAGAAACUAGACUUGAAUGACAGUAAAUGGGAAGAUAUACAUGUCAUCACAGGAGCUCUAAAGAUGUUUUUCAGAGAAUUGCCAGAGCCACUGUUCACUUAUAAUCACUUCAACGACUUCGUCAAUGCAAUUAAACAAGAACCAAGGCAGCGUGUCCAUGCUGUUAAAGAUUUAAUCAAACAGUUGCCAAAACCAAAUCAGGACACUAUGCAGGUACUCUUUAGGCACCUGAAGAGAGUUGUAGAAAACGGAGAAAAGAACCGAAUGACCUAUCAAAGUGUAGCAAUAGUUUUUGGUCCAACCUUAUUAAAACCAGAAAAAGAGACUGGUAACAUAGCAGUCCACACAGUAUACCAGAAUCAGAUUGUAGAAUUAAUUCUACUGGAAUUGAAUUCCAUCUUUGGACGCUGACAUUUUUCUUGGAGUAGAAACUGGAAGUGAUGGGUUGGCAGCAGUACUCCAUCAGAAGGAAAAUCUCAGUGUACAUGAUGUAUUAUGUUUGUGGACCAAGCAGCAACUUGUUUUUUGCACUUUUGGGGAAGGGAGAAACAGGAGAAAUGUUUGACCACUUUAAUGCAAAUUAAAGACAACACUUUGGAUUUCUUUGAAAAGUUCAAUGUAAAAAGUGAAUUGAAAAGUUUAUAGUUUGCUUUUUUUAAAGUAGCAUUGGAAAAAUGUAAUAUAGGUUCAUA